AUGUCUAAACCUCAACUUCAUCCCCUAGGCCACGAGAGUAAGGUCGCUCACCUUUCCACGGGCCAUCACUAUCGUUAUGUGGAUAUCCACCCUCCCAAGGGCGUCACAGCCAUUGUCACGGCACUAUUACUCCAUGGGUUCCCAGACUCUGCCUACGGGUGGCGUCACCAGGUAAAAGGCUGGUCAGGACGAGGCAUCCGUUUGAUCAUACCUGAUAUGCUUGGAUAUCAUGGAAGCUCUCAGCCAACUGAUCCCGAGCACUACGCCAUGAAGCGACUCAGCGACGACCUCGAAGAGCUCAUACGUAAGGCAGGGGUUCCCGAAGGAGAGAAGAUCAUAGUCAUUGCGCAUGAUUGGGGCGCUGGAGUUGCCAAUCGCUUGAUUCAAUUCAAGCCGGAGCUUGUCAAAGGGGCAGCAAAUUUCUGCAUACCGUUUAUGCCGCCAAGCACACAAUAUGUCCCUAUGGAGAAAUACGUCGAGUUGCUUCCCAACUUCCAAUACCAGGCCUUCUUUGCCUCUCCCGAUUCUACAGCGCUCAUCGACGCCAAUGCUGAGCGGUUCAUUAGCCUAAUGUAUACUUCAGCAAAACAAGCCGUAACCGAUGAAUAUCCACCGUUUGAGAAGACCGGAGUGAUUGAGGCAUGGCUGAAAGAUGAGACUAAGAGCGUCACAUCCGACCUCCUUUCAAAAGAGGAAUUAAAUACUAUAGUAUCCGAGAUCAAGGCUGGUGUAGGAUUCGGGGCGAUGCUCAACUACUAUCGCACUCGUAAAAUCAAUCAUGAGCUAGAAAAGGAUCUUCCACAGGAUAUCCGACCUGACAUACCGAAGCUGAUGGUCAUUCCUUCGGCUGAUUCUGCCGUCCCAGCAACAAUGUCGGCGAGUGCUGAAAAGAAUCUCAAGAACGCAGAGAUAGCAUGGAUCGAAGGGCUCUGUGGUCACUGGGUCCAGCUGGAGAGACCGGAAGAAAGCGAAAGGAUUGUGGGAGAAUGGGUGGAACGCUUUGCAGCGAAGGACUGGGUUCCGUGA